AUGCCCUUACUCGCAAAGUCACCUCGCAAUACCCUAUCAACAAUGUCGAUUGAUCACCCAAGGUCAUCUUUUGAGGAAGAAGGGCUCAAAAUAUCCACGAAUUCUUGGAGAGGAGACUGUCGCAGCGACUCUCACACUACAGCUGGUGCCAGGAGGACUGUUUCAUUGCAUACCCGGUCUAUCAGCGGAACACCAUGUUUCUCUACGGCGAGCAGCCCAGGCAUGGACAAUUCCGACUUACGUUGCGUUCACCCUAUGCGCCAAGUGCCUGGUGCCUAUACACCACAAUUAAGUCAGUCCUGUCAAACACCUCUCGUGGAAAACGAGGGGUUUGAAGGACGAGUCUCGACUGAGCCAGGACGGUCCACUCAGACAGAAUCUGAUCCCCUUCGAUCUUCUGUUCGUGGAUUUGCUACACAGACAGCGCGACAUUCGUUGCAGAUGCAUGAUAGUUCGUUCACUAGAAUACCUAGUAUAUCACAAACGAAUCUGACCGGACGAACAUCUUUUGGCUAUUCACGAGACAACAGCAGCUCCCUUGAAGCAGCGUCACCAGUCUCAAGAUCAUCUUUAGAUUUCGUGUUCCGAUCGAAGACACGGACAAGCAUGGAUCCUAUAUCUCGUGCCGCCACAAUUCAAGCAGCACGUCAAGCGUUUGAGGAAAAAGAAGCAGCCAAAGCACGCAAGCUUGAAGAACAGCAAAUGAGGGCUGAAGAGAAACAAACGAGACGAAAAGGAAAACAAGACUGGCGCACAUCAUUUACAGUUGCAAACAAACAGGAACCAAAAAAUGCGCUAUCUGAGAAGUCGAGUGCCACCGAAGAACUAGCUGCUCCCACGGAUGUGCCACAACGCAAGUCGAAUCCAGGCUCUUGGAGAUCAGAAUCCAAGACGACCUGGAUGUUGUUUUUAACAUGGUUACGGACUAGGGUCUUCAAGAUACGCAGGAAGUUCCAAAGUUUGGGCUGA